UUACGUCUAUACACACAUACUUGUCAGGUCAAGUACUACAAAACUUAAGUCUUGUAUUAGAGAAGUCUUUAAUGAAAGCCGAAUGUCUUGACAUAAUCAUUUCAGUGCAUAAUGAGUAUUUGCAAAAAGUUUAUGAACACUGUUUGUUAACACCAGAAUAUGAUGAUUUAAUGGCUACUGUGAAUAAUUUAAUUGAAAUGUGUAAUCAUGUCCGUGCUCGAUGGAAUUACAAAAAUUUAAUGUAUGCCAGUGAAGAUUUGGACCUUUUGGAAAAUAGUUAUACCAAAUAUCAUACAUAUCUUGCUUUAGCACUUCAUAAUGCAGUGCAAAAUAAGGAUGCAAAUUAUUUGACUGGCUUGAGCUCAGCAUUUAAUUGCAGUAUGUCGUAUGGUUAACUUUAAUAUAUUAGGUUAGCCAAAAACUUUGUUUGGUUUUCCCAGACCUAUCUUACACAAAACUUCAACGGACUUUGUGAUCAACUUAAUACCUUUAUAUUACAUUCCUUGAAUAUGCCAUUAGUGCCAUUCAUAGAAAAUAGCUAUUACAAAUUCUUAAUUUUACUUAUUAACACUUUAUAACACUUUAUUAUCAAUUAUAUCAAGUUCCCUUUACAAAAUUGUAUAUCAAUUGAAACUCAUACGAUAUUUUGUAAAGUAUUAAUAAAUUAUUUUUUGUUUAAGAUA